UUCGCAGGCUGAUGGGAAAUGUAGUGCUACUCUUUCCAACAUGGCUGCCUCCAGUGCCAGCAUAGAGAACUACCAAAGUCAUUCAAAACUUAGUAAAACUGAGAAGAAAUUCUUGAGGAAACAAACAAAAGCCAGACACACAUUGCUGAGACAUGAAGGCAUUGAGAGUGUGUCCCAUGCCACUGAGAGCCUGGUUAUUGCCAAUGGAGGUUUGGGUAAUGGUGUGAGUAGGACCCAACUGCUUAACAUAUUUGAAAGAUGUGGAUCUGUGGAAGCGCUCUUAAUGCCACCUAACAAACCCUACUCCUUUGUAAGAUAUAGGACCAAAGAAGAGUCUCAAAAAGCCUAUGUAGCUCUCAAUGGAAAGGAAAUGGUAGAUGACUUGGGACAAAAUAUCACUCUGUACUUAAAUUUUGUGGAAAAAGUGCAUUGGGGAGAUCUCAGGCCUUCAGUAUUACCUCCAGGCCUCAUGAUCAUGGAAGAAAUUGUGUCUCCAGAGGUUGAGAAAAUUUUAUUAGAAAGUAUUGAUUGGACUCACAAUUUAGUUGAUGAAAAUGCUCAGAAAUCUUUAAAACAUAGAAAAGUAAAGCAUUAUGGGUAUGAAUUUCGCUAUGAUAACAACAAUGUAGAUAAAGAUAAGCCAUUACCUGGAGGUCUUCCUGAUAUUUGUAACAGCAUUUUGGAGAAGUGGUUGACAGAAGGGCACAUUAAAUAUAUCCCUGACCAGUUGACAAUAAAUCAGUAUGAACCUGGGCAGGGAAUUCCUCCUCACAUUGAUACACAUUCUGCUUUUGAGGAUGAGAUCAUCUCUCUCAGUUUGGGAGCAGAGAUUGUCAUGGAUUUUAAGCACCCAGAUGGUCACACAGUAUCAGUUAUGCUGCCUCAACGGAGUUUGCUGGUGAUGACAGGAGAAUCUAGAUACCUUUGGACCCAUGGUAUCACACCCAGAAAAUUUGAUGUUAUUCAGGCAUCUGAGGGUCAGAAAAGUGGAAUUAUUACUAAUGAUGUUGGAAACCUAACAUUAAAUAAAAGAGGAGUGAGGACCUCAUUUACAUUUAGAAAAGUGAGGAGAACACCUUGUGACUGCAGUUACCAUUUGGUCUGUGACAGUCAGAGAUGUCAUCAAAAUGAAACUUUACCCUCCUUCCCAGAGAAUGACAAAAAAGCCUCAGAACUGGAACGGGAGUAUGUUCAUAGAGUUUAUGAGGAAAUAGCUGAACACUUCAGCAGCACAAGGCAUACCCCGUGGCCCCAAAUUGUGGCAUUCUUGAAAGCUUUACCAAAGGGCUCAGUAGUGGCAGAUAUUGGGUGUGGAAAUGGAAAAUAUCUGGGCCUCAGCAAGGAUAUAUAUAUGGUUGGUUGUGAUCGCAGUCAAAACCUUGUUGAGAUAUGUGGUGAAAGGCAGUUUGAGGCUUUUGUCUGUGAUGCUCUAGCUGUACCCAUUCGAAGUGAGACAUGUGAUGCCUGCAUUUCCAUUGCUGUUAUUCACCAUUUUGCAACAGCAGAACGAAGACUGGCAACCCUCCAAGAAUUAGCUCGACUCCUGAGGCCAGGAGGAAAGGCUCUCAUUUAUGUCUGGGCAAUGGAACAAGAAUACAAUAAGCAGAAAUCCAAGUACCUUAGGGAGAGCAGGGAUACUAAAGAAAAGAAAGAGCAUCUCAACAGUGUUGUGAUCCCUGGCACCAGCAGUCAUAAUUCUGUAUGUUCUAUCCCAGCCAUUAAUGACUUGAAGGAUGGAGACUAUAAUACAAAUGGAGUAAGUAAUUCCAAGCUGCCAGUUCACACUAACAGGACCUCUUUCCAUUCUCAAGAUGUACUAGUCCCUUGGCACCUCAAGAAGGACUCUAGGAGAGACAAAGGGUCUGAACCAUUGAAACCAAUACCUGAUCUGGUGGGACCACAUGAUCCAAGCACAGUAUUUCACCGUUAUUAUCAUGUAUUCUGUGAAGGAGAACUGGAAGCAGCCUGUAGAAUGGUAAAUAACAUAAGCAUUGAGCAAAGCUAUUAUGAUCAAGGAAACUGGUGUGUGAUUUUCAAAAAACUCUGACUCAGCACUUCAUAUAGGCAAGAUAUGUUUGAUCAUUUUUAAGAAUUAAUUGACCACUUCUUUAUCUAAAAAGAAGGCCCUCCGGGUAAAGAAAAACUACCAAACACACUUGGUACAAGAUUGAAGAAGCAAAGAGAUGGAGGUUAAUCAGCAGACAUCCAGUCUGUGUGUGUGUAUAUACACACACACACACACACACACACACACACACACACACACACACACUCACUCUACUCUGCCAUCUGGAUGGCUUCAGACAAGGCAUUUAAUUUUUUUUUUCCAUCUGUCAGGUAGGGUCUAUAAUAUAGUUCCUCUUCUCCACUUUUCUCAUAAGGACAUGGCUUUGUAAAAAUAAAUGAAUUAGUUUAUGUAAAUCUUUGAUAGCCUUGCAGUUUUUAUCAUAAUAAUUAAAGGUAUUUUUCCUUAAAGCAUUAAAGGAUGUCUUUAUUUUAAAAUUUUAAUUUCAUAUUCUUUGGAAUUUAUACAGAAAUCACAAUCUGGCAGUAAUGAAUUUCUUUAUUGCAUUUGUAAUAAAAUAAAUUGAAUCUUAUUGACGUUGAAACAAUUAUCCCUUCAGUAGAAAAUAUUUAUGGUCUUGAUUCUGGGUAUGUAUUUAUUUAUUUUGGGGAGUAAGAUUUGGUAAUUCAUAUUAAUCAAGAAGCCCUCUAAUCUUGAGAGUCCUCCAAAGCUUAACCCAGUUCCCUCUUCUUUUUCAUUCUAUACUGUCUCACUGCAUCAGUUCAGUUAUCUUUCUGCAAAUCCCAGAUCCAUAUCAACCUCUAAUUUUUAUUGUUAGACAAUUUCUUUUGCCUCUUAGACAUCUAAAACUCAAUUUCCUUGAUUUUUCUCAAAUUCAGUAUGUCUAAACAGAGCUCAUUGUUUUCCUCCCCAAACCUUCCCCCUUCCAAUCUUCCUUUUACUUCCUUUUUGUUUUUUAAACCCUUACCUUCCAUCUUAGAAUCAAUACUGGGUAUUGGUUCUAAGGCAGAAGAGUGGUAAGGGCCAGGCAGUGGGGUUAAGUGAUUUGCCAUGGGUCACACAGCUGGGAAGUGUCUGAAGUCAGAUUUGAACCCAGGACCUCUUGUCUCUGGGCCUGACUCUCAACCCACUGAGACACCCAGCUGCCCCACUUCCCAUUACUUCUUGAGCACUCCACUGUCUUCUCAGGCACACAGGAUGAUUCGAUGUCAUCCUUAACUUGUCACCCUCACCCAGCCAGACACAGCCAGUUUAUCACCAAAUCUUGUUUCUAUCUUCACAUCUCUCAUAUACUAUGAAAGGAAAUUCUUGAUUCUCUUUGUCUAUUCUGAGUUUACACUUGUGAAAAUGGAAUCCUUUAUUCUCUUUUCCUGGUUGAAAUUAACACUUUGGUUAACAGCAACUUAAAUACCCCUACUUAGUACCUCACCAGAUUGUGAAGACAGGAUUAACUUUCCUUUGUCUGCUUUUGAAUUGAAUCAACAAAAGCUUGUACCCCCUACUUAGCACUAGGUAGAGGAGCUUUCCAUCCAUUUUCAACUCAAUCAGCCAGGAAAUGAGAAUUCACACCUCAGUCUACCAGGAAUCUGUGAACCCUUUUGAUGACUAUUCGCCUCUCCAGAAGGGGAGAAGUGAUUCCCACAAACUCAGCUCCCUGGGCAGUGCUAAGCAGUUUGGAAGCUGUAAUUGGCCCUUGUGAAGAGGGGAAGGGACAAGAAGCCACUAUAAAAGGCCCUGAAUUUUUGGGGCUAGGGAAGUCAACUUCAGGAAGGAAAUCAGCUUCAAGAAGAAAGUCGGGCUCAGGAGUCACCUUCACCUUGAGUCAUUGUCUUGACCUGCUUCUUGGAGGGAACUUGGGUGAGUGGAUAGCUGGCUUUCCCUUCCUGUCUUUUGGAGAGAGUUUAAUUCUCAUUGAAGGUCAACAAGUCCUGGCUGAGUCGAGCACUAACUAAGCAAUGCUUAGUUAGACAGGCUAAUGUCUUCUUUACAAUUUUGUAUUUCUCUACUUUCACUCUUUCUACCUCUUUUAUUUAUUUAUUUAUUCAUUUAUUUAUUCAUUCAUUCAUUCAUUCAUUUAUUUAUUUAUUUUUUGAACCCUUACCUUCUGUCUUGGAGUCAAUACUGUGUAUUGGCUCCAAGGCAGAAGAGUGGUAAGGGCUAGGCAAUGGGGGUCAAGUGACUUGCCCAGGGUCACACAACUAGGAAGUGUCUGAGGCCAGAUUUGAACCUAGGACCUCCCGUCUCUAGGCCUGGUUCUCAAUCCACUGAGCUACUCAGCUGCCCCCUUUCUACCUCUUUUAUAAGUAAAAGCUAUUAAAGUCAUUUCAACUUUGAGCAAUAAUACUUUGAAUCGACAACCACAACUAUUAUUUAUAAUCUUCAUAUAUUUUAGUCAAACCAUUGAAAUUUAAUUCUUAUACUACAUACCUAUUUCUUUAUAUAGCCACAAUUCUAGGUCAUCUCCUCUUGAUUGGCCUACCUGCAAUAGUCUUCAAACUCUGCCUCAAGUUUCUCCUGACUCUGAAACAUAAUCCAGUCAACUGCCCCAAGGCGAUUUUUAUAAAUUGUAGGUCUGACCAUGCCACCCCCUUGCUCGGUGCUCUUUAUUGGUUCCCUAUCACCUCCAGGACUAAAUCCAAAGUCAUAUGUUUGGCAUUUAAAGUUCUUUAUAACCUGACCCCUUCCUACCUUUCUAGUCUUACUUAAUACUCCUUACUUUGCUUCAUAAACUAUGUGGUUCAGUUACAGCUGGCCUACUUGCAGUUCCUUAAACAUGACAGGCCAUCUCCCAUCUUUGCCCUACAUGUCCCCGUGCCUUAAAUGCUCUACUCCUACACUCCUUAGUUUUCCUAGCUUUAUUCACACAACUCAAAGAUCAUCUGUGAUAGGAGGUUUUUCCCAAGGCCCUCCAGCUGCUGUCUUCUUUCAGAUUACCUUCAUCUGCUCUAUAUAUAGGUCUAUGUACCUAGUUGUUUACAUGUAUAUAAAUACAUUUUUAUCAUUUCUUUGUGUCUCCUUUGCUUAGCACUUAGCAAGCAAUUAGUAAAUGUCGACUAAUCAAAAAUAAAGGAUGAUUUGAAUGUCAUUAUGAUCACAAAUUCCAAGUAGGAUAAUUAACCAAAGAUAAACUAAUAGACUCACUGUAGAUCUCCAUAACAGGUAGGUGCUAUUGGCUCUUUCUAAGCCUCUUAAUAAAGCAGCAAAGGGUCUAAUGGCCACAGAUCAGACCUAAUUACAUCCCUCUGGCUAAAGAAAAUAUCCAUUUUACCUUCAAUGGAAAUGUUAGGUUAAAAUAUGGAUGUGUAAUUCAUUUUAUCCCUUGGCAAGCAUGAGAUUGUUCUGUCUGGUUCUUCUCUCCUUCUUAACUGUUCUUUUUCAGUUUUCACUGACUCUUCUUCCUCCUGUUCCUGAAGGCAGUCUCUUAACUUUCCCUGAGCGAUCUCUUUGGCUCCUGUGAGUUUAAUUACCAUUUUUAUGCAGAUGACUCCCAAAUCUAUACCUAUAACCUUGAUAUCCUCUCAUAUUUCAAACUAUUUAUUAGGUGUAUCUACCUCAUUGUUGUUCACUGGCUCAGUUAUAUCUGACAUGUUGUGACUGACUUCAGGAACUGUAUCAAUCCGUGGGGCUUUCUUGGCAUGGACCCUGAAAUGGUUUGUCAUUUCCUUCUCUAAUGGAUCCAGGGGAUCCUUUUGUCAGGCAAUCAGAGGUUAAGUGAUUUGCCCAAGGUCACACAGCUAGAAGUGUCUAAAAUCAGAUUUGAACUUAGGGCUUCCUGACUCCAAGUGCUUUGUGCUCAUAACCACUGCUGCCUCUGUGUCUACCUCAUAUAAUGUCAAAUUCAGCAUUUCCGCAUGGUCCAUAAUGUAAAAGCUCCCUUAGUAAAAGGAAAGGGAUAAAAAACCUGUAUAAAAUAGAGUAAUAAAUUUGCUAGUAGCAUUUUCCUGUUUAACUCCUUUUUGCAGUUUAGUUUAGUAACAAAUACAUAAAUAUGGUACUUCAGCUAUGCUAUUUUGAAUUUGUGCAUUCAUUCAUUCAUUGAGAGCCAUCAGAUACCUUCACUAUUACAAUCCUCUUGAAAUAACACCUGCAAGCAAACACAACAAUUGUUUUGUAUUCAGUGUCACUGCUGAACAGAUGUAAAGUUAGCAUGGUGUGUGAAAGUAGAAAUGCAAAGAGUCUGGUCCAGAACAGAUUCCAGAAAAUGAUAUUAGAGUAUGCUUUACAUUUCCUUCCUUUCUGUUAAGAAAUGAUGAGCUCUGAGAUAAGAAUGUUGUCAUAUCUGCUGUCAGUCCUAAUUACUACCCUCAGUGGUUUUUUGUAAUUGUUUUUCAAAAGAAAAAUGCUGUGGUUGGGGAAUUUUUAAAAAAUGGGCAAAUUAUAGUUAUAUCAAAAUGAAAUGCAUUAGUAAUUUUUUGAAAAUCCAAUAUAUUCCAUUUCUACUUCCCUUAUUUGCUAGCCUAAUGAAUCUGUCAAAAGUUUUGUGUGGCAGGCCUUGCUAUUAGUAAAAAUACCAUGUCCUGAUCAUCUACUUUUUAAACUGUUAAUUUAAAAAACAUGGAAAAACCUACAUGAAAUUAUGAAGACUGCAAUGAGCGGAACCAAGAGAACAUUAUACAACAGAAAUAUUGUUUGAAGAAUAAUUUGCAUAUGUCCACCUUCAGAGGAAAGAACUGAUAAAUAGAAAUAAGCUGGACAUAGUCAAAGGAUGCCUUUUCUAGUGCAGAAAGGGGAAGCGAGGUACCUGGAACUCUAAUGUAACAAACAAACAAAUAAAAUUUUUUUUUAAAUUAAUAAAA